CACAAAGUGUCCAUGGAAAACGUUGGAGAACAAGUUGUGUGCCUGAUUGCUUAUCAUCUACUUUUUGCAAUGUUCGUCUGGUCAUAUUGGAAAACUAUCUUUACAUUACCAAUGAAUCCUUCAAAAGAAUUCCAUCUCUCUUAUGCAGAGAAAGAGUUGUUGGAGAGAGAGCCAAGAGGGGAAGCCCACCAGGAGGUCCUUCGGCGAGCUGCCAAAGAUCUCCCCAUCUAUACCAGGACCAUGUCUGGAGCAAUCCGAUAUUGUGAUAGAUGCCAGCUGAUAAAACCAGACCGCUGCCAUCACUGUUCCGUCUGUGACAAAUGUAUUUUGAAGAUGGAUCAUCACUGCCCGUGGGUGAACAACUGUGUUGGAUUUUCAAAUUAUAAAUUCUUCCUCCUUUUCUUGGCUUAUUCUCUGCUGUACUGCCUUUUUAUUGCUGCUACAGACUUACAGUAUUUUAUCAAAUUUUGGACAAAUGGCCUACCCGAUACUCAAGCCAAGUUCCAUAUUAUGUUUUUAUUCUUUGCCGCAGCUAUGUUUUCUGUCAGCUUGUCUUCUCUGUUUGGCUAUCAUUGUUGGCUAGUCAGCAAAAAUAAAUCUACAUUAGAGGCGUUUAGAAGUCCUGUGUUUCGACAUGGAACAGAUAAGAACGGAUUCAGCUUGGGUUUCAGUAAAAACAUGCGACAAGUUUUUGGGGAUGAGAAGAAGUACUGGCUGCUACCCAUUUUUUCAAGUCUAGGUGAUGGCUGCUCCUUUCCAACUUGCCUUGUUAAUCAGGAUCCUGAACAACCGUCUACUCCUGCAGGAUUGAACUCCACAUCAAAAAAUCCUGAGAACCAUCCGUUCCCGGCGAAGCCCUUGAGAGAGUCCCAGAGUCACCUUCUCACGGACUCCCGGUCUUGGACGGAGAGCAGCGCAAACCCGGGCAAGGGCAAAGCUGGUAUGAGCAAUCCUGCAUUAACCAUGGAGAAUGAGACUUAAGUCUUCAAACAAAAUAAAUUCAUACUUUAUCAAAGCAUCAGCGCAGCAGGUGCAUGGAAGAGGCUUCCCACAGGAAGGCACCACGGGCCCGUGGUUCCCAUUUCUCCGUGGCUGGAUAUGCAGAAUAUGAAUUGGUUAGUUCUCUCCCAGCCAUUGCUUAAAAUAUCACACAUUUUUAAAAAUCCAGUAUACAGAUUGUUUCAACUAACAGAAAGUACUGUUAAAUAUUAAAGGUAAUUAUGGUUAAUGAAUCAAGGGCAAAAAUAUCUUCUAUCAUAAAAACUUGGAAUAAUUUCAUGGCCUGGUUUUCGCCCAAAUAUUUGGUUAGUACAAUGUAUACACAUAAAAAGCCCAUUAAUCAUCUGAUUUUGAUUCAGGAAAUUGAGACUAUUAAGGUAUUGAAAUUUAGAAGAUUUCAAAUUACAGUAUAAUGAGAGCUUUACUCAUAAAACCUGUUAGUUACCUACGAAGUGGAGGUGGCCUGUCAGACUUGUGUCUUCCCUCUGCUGUGAAUCUAGCCCCAGACUGAGUGAACUCUAAUGACUGAAUUCAUUGCAAAUUUUGAGUGGCCUACACUUGAAGACUGCCAUCAUUUUUUGGCCAGACUUUAAUUCUAGCCUUUGUUCCCUACGGAAAAGAAGUGUGAUUAGUGACUGAGCUCACUAAUAAGCAACGAGCUAGCAAAGUUUUUUGUCACAACUAAUACAUUUCUAUUACAUCCGAGAUACAUUUUUCAUCUCUUCCAAUGUUCUUAAACUGGGGGAAAAUCUGUAAAAACAAUUAUAAUUAGUUUAUGAUGUUCUUUCACAAGUAUGACUUUUUUGAAAAUCUGUUUCUUAGGUUAUUUGUUCUAUUGAACAGAUCAAAAGUAAUGAGUUUGUUAAGCAUUCCCAAUGGGCCAAUAGAUUAAUCCUCCAUUGGUGUCUGUGUUAUUUCUGUGCCCCCCAUCAAAAAGUAUGACACUUAAACUUUAUAGUUCUUCAAAUACUUAAUUAUGCAAAUCACUAAAACAAAUCCUAUACUUUCAGAAAUUUAGUUCAACCUGAACUAAAUGGUGUGCUGUUCGAAAAUGGAGUUUAAGGUAAACUAACGUGGUGUGUUUGUUAAUGCCAAAACGUUUGGCUUCAGUAAAUACACUAGGAAGCUCUUGUGCCUUGUACGCACUAUUUGAAAAAGUUUUAUUCUUUUUUUGAGUGGAGUGUAAGUUUUGUAAAUGUUAGGGACUAGAAUAAGCUUAAACAGUUUUUGGUACUGAUUUUGAGAAUUUAAAGCAGGUUAUCUUUUAAAACGUACACAAUUAAGGAACCAGUAUUUAAUCAAAGAGAAAAUGGUAUUACACUUUUCGAAAUCUGAGUUAGACAAAAGUACAACACUGAGGAGACCAGGAGACCGGAGGAUAAUGGAGUAAAAAGAUCCUUGAAAUUACUUGUUCUUUCUAAACACAUAAGGCUUAUAUUUAAAUGAGGUCAUGAAAGAACCAAUGUCAGCCAAGCUCAUUUUCUAGAUGAUUUGAGUGCAAUUCUUUGAACAACAGGCUGGCACUCUUUCAGAUUUUUUGUUUAAACCUAAAGACUUUGAUCUGACAAUCUGUUUCAGGAACUGUCAGACAACAGGAUGCAUUUUUACUUAUUACUUUCAAAGCAUUUGUUGGUUGUCAUUUUUUUAUUACCUGAAGUGCCAGGUUGGAACCUGUAGCUACUGCUACGAGUCUUAAGGGCAACAGCAUAACGUGAUGUAUUAAAAAUAUAUGCAGCCAGGUUUUUUCAAAGCACAGUACUAUAGCCAUUUUUGUGGACAGGAUUUUGUGAGUGUUCCUUCUUGUCAAAAUAGAAGCUAAGAAAAAAAGUGGGGUUUUUAUUCCUUACCUUGCUAGAGUACUGUUAAGUUUCCCCUCUUUAGGUCUUUUGUGUAAUUACUGCUAUCCAUGAAGAGCUGAUACACGUUCGAAUUAGUCGAAAAAAAAUUUUACAACAAAUUUUUUUUCAUUAAGUUGCAGUAGUUCCUUUUUUGUUUUCAUACCGUAAAUAAUCUUUCAAGGGUUUUGCUUUUAAUCUCGGUGGUUAGAAUUUUUAGAGAUGACGGCAUAUCUCAUUAGAUAUGCAGUAUAAAGUUUACUUGAAUGAAUAAAGCAUCAGAUAGACCUACAUUUUUGUACAUAUUUAUAAAAUGUACCUUAAAAACACUUUAAGCAGUUUGCUUUAAAAAAUUUAAUUGCUCAGCACAAAGUUGAAGACAUUAUACUUCAUCUGUCCUGAUAGUCUAAUUGAUAAUUUUGAUUUUUUCCUGUUUUUAGAAGUUCUGCCAUAUAGAUAAAAUUUUUAAGAAUUUUUUUAAAUAUUGUGCAAAUACUUCAUAUACUUUAGCUAACUAUUUGCCACUGUGCAGUGAAGAGGGUUUGUAUUUUCAAAGAUAAAACUUUACUGCAGCUACAUACAGUGAUGAGACAUUCAAGGCCGUGCUUAUCCAUGAAUUCACUCCUGUUGUACCAUAAUAAAGUCUGGUUGAUCACCAUUCCUAGCUGUCUAUAUGAAGUUGCCUUUGCACUGACAAUCGAAAUUGCUUUCAAGAUACACUUUUCCUAAUGGUCUCCCUGAGCUGCUACAGACAAAACUGACCUACAACCUGGCCGUAACAAAGGUCUCUUGAGAAGAGGUGGAUGACAGGAUGAGAUCCUGAUUUAUUAGUAAAAUGCUUCUGAGGACAAUUAGAAACAGACUGUAAAACGAGUACGCUGUGUUCACUUCAGCUGCUAAGUAUGGGAAAUACAGCAUCUGUUUGACGUAAACUAUCAUCUCUUGAGAAAUCAAAGGAUUUAUAAAACAUGUUCUUAAAAAACUGAAGGUAGUAAUCGUGUGACUCAGCUUCAAGAAAACAACCUGUGCAACACCUGUUACUCCGUCCUGUUAUAAACGAGCCGAUUUUCCCUCUUUUGAAAUACAUGUGUCCCCUGGCAUUAAUGUUCAGUGUAUUUCCAUCCUCAAAAAAAAGAGGAUGUGCAUCCGAGGAUGUUUUACGGCAGCACUUCCGGGUUACUAAGAGCUCAUCCCUUAAUUGUUCUUCUACCAGUAAAAAGUUCAAAUAUGAUGGUUUGGGCAAAAGACAACUGCAGAUCACUUGCGGCAUUUUCUCAUGGCAGAAAAGUGACAGCAAAAAUAGAACUGGGGACAGAGCCCAGAGAGAUCUUUGAUGUUCUUGUUUGUAGCCAGUAUUCGGUAUUUGUCGGCUUACAGUUGGGGGAAAAAUGUCUGUUAAGAUGGCUCAUCUUUUGAGCGGCCUCGUUUCUGAGUACCAGGGAAGCCAAAGGCGGCCUUGUGAGAAGUGGUUUCAAGCUCUGGCUUGCGCUGUGUGAAGGAGCUCCUCAGUACUCGGAGAGGACGGGACUGUUUUUAUGAUUUAUUAAAAACCAUCAUUUAUGUUGCAUCUUCCAGGGAAGGAUUUCCAGUGUAAGGAGUUCCCCUGAUCUGAAUUUAUUAAUACUUAAUAGUUCUUGUUUGACAGAUAAAGGUGCUUCACUAAAAUGAGAAAAAAAUAAUGCUCCAAAGUAGAAUUCUGUUGAUGCUGAAUUAAAACUGAUUGUCACAGAAA